AUGCCAAGCCCGCGGGGCGAGCCGGUGCUGGCCCUGGCAUGGCACCCGGCCAGCAGCGUGUUCCUGGCCCUCGCGGGCGGCGGGCGCAUCUACGUAUGGACGCGCGUGUUUGAGGAGAAUUGGAGCGCGUUCGCGCCAGACUUCAAGGAGCUGCUAGAGAACGUGGAGUACGAGGAGGAGGAGGACGAGUUCGACGUCAACCCCCGCCAGGGCGACAAGGCGGGCGCCGGCGGCGGCGGCGUUGCGGUGGACGUGCUGGCGGCGGCGCGCGCGGCGGGCGACGAGGAGGCGGACGUGGACGUGGCAGGGCGAGAGGCGGCGCCGCUGUUCAGCAGCGACGAGGAGGACGAGGGCCGCGAGGUCCCGUUGCUGUUUCUGCCGUCUGAGGUGCAGCCAGAGCCCAAGGCCGCGGCCCGGGGGCCCGACGCGGCGGCGGGAGAGGACGGCGCCGAGGAGGGGCGCGAGGGGGCGGAGCCCGGGGACGAGCAGGCGGCGGGGGAGGGGAAAGGGGACGCGAUUGCGGCAGCGGCAGCGGGGGAGGGGGAGGGGGAGGCGGCCGAGGACGGGCGGCGGCGGCGGCGGGCGGCGAGCAAGGCGGAGGACAGCGCCGCGGGGAUAUGGGUGUGGUGGGGUGCCGUGAACUGCAUUUUUUUUGCCGUGUGA